UUGCAGAGGCUAUGCAGGGAGGGUACUUAAUUAUAAGUCGGCAUGCGGCCUGGCGUUUAACUAGCGGCUUCUCGUGGGAAUGUUCAGUGAUGGAGAAGAAUCAAUUAUUUAUGGAGUAAAUUAGAUAUUGGCCUCGGCAUUACCAACAUGUCGCAUUACGUAUUGCCAGGCCAUUAAGGCUGUGGUUUUGAUUAAUGAUGUUAAUGCACAUGACCACAGCCACAUGCAUUCCACUCUCACCAAUAAAGCUGAACCUGUGCUUAAGCUAUAGGGCUGUUUAAGUUUUUUCCUGUUUUCCAUCCAUUUCUAACAUUGACUCUCUACUUUCUCUCCCUCACCCUCCGUCUCCCCCUAUUUAGGGAUUGAGCUUUGUCUGCCAGACUGGCGCUUUUCCAUGACUAUGGUGGCCAGUUUUCUGAUGGUGGCAGGGCAGCUUUUGAUGCCAGGAGUCGCAGCUUUGUGUCGUAAUUGGCCAGAUCGGGAUGACUGGCAGGUGCUCCAAAUCGUUAUAAUCAGCCCCUUCGUCCUGAUGCUGCCCUACGUCUGGAUUUUUCCUGAGUCUCUCCGCUGGUUGCUGGCUACCCAGCACUACAGAAGGUCCAAAGUAAUGAUGCUACGCAUUGCCAAGAAGAACCAGGUUGAUAUGACAACCGAGCCCAGCGGGGUUCUGAUAGAGUUGGAACAGGAACUGCACAAGAAACCCCAAAGGACCUGCAUCGUCAAGAUGAUGAGCACCAGGAACCUGUGGAAAAACAUUGUGGUGCUCUGUGUCAACUCGUUGACGGGCUACGGGAUCCACCACUGCUUCUCGCGCAGCAUGAUGGACCCUGAGGCUCGGCUGACGGCCAUGUGCCACACCGACUACUACACCAUGGCGGGCAUCGCCCUGGCAACUUGCCUGGCGGUGUGUCCGGCGGUGGCGCUGAUGGGCAGGCGGGGCGGGCUCCUCACCUUCAUGAUCAUCACCGCCCUGGCCUCGCUGCUGCAGCUGGGUCUGCUCAACCUGAUCGGGAAGUACAGCCUUCGUCACGACACAGUGCUGCGAGACACACUGAACCGGAAGUUCUCUGUGGCCUUCUCCAUCAUCGGCAUGUUCUCGUCUCACGCCGUCAGCACGCUCAGCAUUUUCUUCUGUGCCGAAAUCACGCCCACGGUCAUCAGGGGUGGAGGCCUUGGCCUGGUGCUGGCCAGCGCCGGCUUCGGCAUGCUCACCGCCCCGAUCAUGGAGCUCCACAACCAGAAGGGCUACUUCCUGCACCACGUCAUCUUCGCCUGCUGCACCCUGCUGUGCAUCAUCUGCCUGCUGCUGCUGCCAGAGCCGCGCGGCCAGCCGCUGCCCGAGAGCCUGGCAGACGGGGAGAGCUUCACCCGGCAGACCCUGCUGCGGCCCGGGGAGCAGCACCUCCUUCUGGCCAAGACAGACAGGGACUACUCCCGCGUGCACGACACGCCCAUCCAUCUCACGGCCACAGGCAGCGCCACCGUGGCAGCGGCCACCGCUCUGGCAGCGGUGCCCGCCUCAUACGCCCUGGCGACUGGAGGAGAGCUGCUCGACAACUGUGCCGUAACCAAUGGGGUGAAGGCGUCGUAGCGGAUAGCGGUCGGGUCACGCUGUUAAUCAUGUGGAAAAAUGUAACCUCUUAGCCUGUGGGGUUGAUGAGCUGGUAGGUGCCCAGGGAAUUACAUUUCAGAUUAAACCAAAAAAAAAAAGGAAAAA